AUGGGUAUUCCACAAUUGUUUGAUGUCAUCAAAGAUCACGAGGAAGUUGUUCCUAUUGCGCAGCUCGCCGAGGACCAUCAUCGGCGCUAUGGCAGACCUCUCAGAAUUGCAAUUGAUGAGGCUGACUGGAGAUUCAACAAUCUCACACAAGCACAGGUCUACGCCAUCCGCGAUACCUCGGAUAUGGCCUAUCAAGGGCAAGAAAAGACCAUGUUCUACAGGAUCUGUCGUUUUCUCACGCUCAACAUACAAUUGAUAUUUGUCUUUGACGGCCCUAGUCGACCAUGGAAGAAUGGAAAGCGAGGUCAAGGCAAAAUCGACUACCGUGAAAGGGACCUCCUCAAAGAAGUGCUCAGAUGCUUUGGUAUUGCUUUCCACGAAGCUCCCGGAGAAGCGGAGGCUGAAUGUGCUCGCCUACAAAUUCUAGGCCUUGUCGAUGCCGUAUGGUCACAAGACUCAGACUCUAUCAUGUUUGGCUGCACGCUGUGGAUCCGUGAUGACCGUGUUGUAAAAGAGAAGGGCACGACGGAUCGAUCGAAAAGAAACACACAAAAGAGCAAGAAGACCGCUCGUGUCUAUAAUAGCCCGAAGGUCUCCGCGGACGAGGUGUUGCAAAAGAACGCGAAAUUGAACCUGGACUACCUGAGACCGAUCGAUGAGCUGAAACUCCUCGAAGUGACUAGCUCGCGCUUCAAUAUCUGGGGGCGAUUGUACUCAUCAGUAGCACCAGAGGUGGUCAACAGCAUCAGGAUGGUCAAACAAAAAGCUGGACAAACUGAUCGUGGGCCGGUCUUUGAACGCAAGCUUAGCUUCUCGCCGUUUGGUGUGACGACUUUGCGAAGGGAAGACUUCGAAGGUGACCGAUUCGGGUAUUGGAAUGGCGAUAGAACCACGUUAUUCGACCCGGAACAUCGCGUGGAAAAGUGCGAAAUGCCGAACUACUGGCUUCAGAAGGCUCUGCCGCCAGAUGUGCUUGAUCCUCCACCAGCAGUGCCGAAGAGUCGCUCUAAAAAACGCCGACAGCAAGCUGAGGCAUCAUCAGAGCCUGCUGAGACAGUUGGCGCUAUCAUAAAGAAGGCACGAAAGGCGCCCCGAAGCAACGCAACGGGUCGCCAAAGCUCACCCACCAAGACCAGCGCACCUCCAUACGUGACACCAACGAGACAAAGCCGUCCGAAACGUCCUAUAGAUCGGACCGAAGACGUCGUCGAGAUCUCGGAUUCUGAUGAAGAGCUCCGUCUGCCACCUUCACGGCGCCUGCAAAAAUCCUUGGCACGAUCCGACGUGUCUCGAGUUGUCGACCUUGGUUCGCCAAGCUCUUCAGAUGAAGCAGCCGAUAUAAUUGCACGACGAAUGUCACAAAAAGCUGCAGGUCUGCAAAGGCCGGACCGAGUGGACCAUACACGUCCAGUGUCUCCUAUCGGUUUGCAUGAUAUCGAAGACGUGCGCGAUUUCCAAUUCGCUUUACGAAUGAGUGUGCGCGAGCGCAACGCUGCACCUUCAAUUCCUGGUGAAAGGUGCCUCAACAGCUCAUCAAAUCCUGGAAUGCCUACAUAUAACGACUCUAUCCCCGAACAACCGUUUCGUGUGUCGCGUGGAGAAAGACAAAGCAUGUCUUUCAACGUACAUGCAGAACCUCUCUCAGGAGGAAAUGAGGAUUUGACAGAGACGCUACGCGAGCACGCUACAUUUGGUGCUUAUAAUUCGCCGGCAGCGCGCAUUGAAUUUCUAAGUACAGCUUCGCGAAAACAGGCGGACACGAUGCAUUCCUCCUCACAUGUCUCCCAAAAGAACUCCGCUUCAUUGGAGCCUGCAAUAGCUCACAACGCUCAUCUAACUUCCCCUACACUCGACAACAUUCGUGCAGCACGUCUCAAGCACUUUCAGUCAUCUGGUGCUGUAACACCCACGAAUGACGAUCAACCAGGCAUUACACAACCAAAUAUGACACCAAGACGGCCAGUGCCAUCGGCUUUCUUUGGGCUAGCCGGUACAGAUUGUAUCGAUUUAACAGAUGAUUGA